AUGGGCUUUGGGUUUGAAGCUGUGUCAAACCUAAAUACCCAAGAAGCAUUAGCUCUCCCUGAAAAGGAGGUGAUCCAGCCGCACCUUCCAGUACGGCUACCUUGUUUCGACUUCACUCCAGUCACUAGCCCUGCCUUCGGCACCCCCCUCCUUGCGGUUAAGGUAACGACUUCGGGCAUGGCCAGCUCCCAUAGUGUGACGGGCG